UUCAUCUUCGGAGUCCCCGACACAUACCAAUUCCACAAAUUAAACAUCAUCAAACAGCACCGACACCACUACUCAGGAGUUGCAUCUCUCGGACCAGGAUUCGUUUCCGCAUUGCAAGACAAACUUGGGGCCGGAAUCUCCUUUCACCCGUUCAUCAACAUCAAUAGCCGGCUAAUCAAAUACGGUGUCGUAAACACAUAUACUCCCCAUCGGGAUCUGUCAAGAUGGGAAACAUUAUAUCUGGCCGGCCCACUGCAAAAGCCAGUUCUAGUCCUCACGGAUAAUCCCGCUGUCAAGGAAGCGAAUGAAUCCAAUCUCCGAUCCGCUAUCCGUGUGGCGAUGCUGUUACUCCCUGAGACAUUCACGGAGCGGGCGCUGUAUACCACCAUCACGGGGCUCUCUUACAAAGGAGACCCGCGAAUGGAUGUCGGGGGCGACAAUCCCCACAAGGUGGAGAAUAUUGUUCGAGACCAGUUGGUGCACUUUCGGGAUCCGUAUUCGGGCUUUCUGCGAGGAUCCAGCGGCGUUUCGCUUCUG